AUGAAGUUCACCCUAGGCCUGGGGUCGCGGGCGUGGAGAGUGUCCUGGGAGCGGGCGGCGGCGGCGGCAGCGGGCCCGGGGGCGGGCGGCGGCGCGCUCGGCGGCGGCGCACGGCGCUCUUCCAGUCCGCGGCCCGGCCGCCGCGGCUCUCGGCUCGCGCGCGCCCUCCCUCUAUGCCUCUCCCGCGGCGGCGGCGCCCCAGCUCUCCCGGACCGCGCCGGGCCCACCCCCGGCCGCCUCGGCGCCAGGCAGCCGGCCGGCCCGCGCGCCAUGGAGCAGACCUACGGCGAGGUGAACCAGCUGGGCGGUGUGUUCGUCAACGGCCGGCCCCUGCCCAACGCCAUCCGCCUGCGCAUCGUGGAGCUGGCGCAGCUGGGCAUCCGACCCUGUGACAUCAGCCGGCAGCUUCGCGUGUCCCACGGCUGCGUGAGCAAGAUCCUGGCGCGCUACAAUGAGACGGGCUCCAUCCUGCCCGGCGCCAUCGGGGGCAGCAAACCCCGAGUCACCACCCCCAACGUGGUCAAGCAUAUCCGGGACUACAAGCAGGGUGACCCCGGCAUCUUCGCCUGGGAGAUCCGCGACCGGCUGCUGGCCGACGGCGUUUGCGACAAGUACAACGUGCCCUCGGUGAGCUCCAUCAGCCGUAUUCUGCGCAAUAAGAUUGGCAGCCUGGCACAGCCCGGGCCCUACGAGGCGAGCAAGCAGCCGCCGCCUCAGCCGGCGCUCCCCUACAAUCACAUUUACCAAUACCCCUACCCCAGCCCCGUGUCGUCCACGGGCGCCAAGAUGGGCAGCCACCACGGGGUCCCUGGCACAGCGGGCCACGUCAGCAUCCCCCGUUCAUGGCCCUCGGCUCACUCGGUCAGCAACAUCCUGGGCAUCCGGACGUUUAUGGAGCAAACAGGGGCCCUGGCGGGGAGCGAAGGCGCCGCCUACUCCCCGAAGAUGGAAGACUGGGCGGGAGUGAACCGCGCGGCCUUUCCCGCCAGCCCCGCUGUGAAUGGGCUCGAGAAACCUGCCUUAGACACGGACAUUAAAUACACGCAGUCGGCCUCCGGCCUCUCCGCGGUGGGCGGCUUCCUCCCGGCUUGCGCCUACCCGGCCUCCAACCAGCACGGCGUGUACAGCUCGCCGGCCGGCGGCUACCUCGCCCCGGGCCCGCCGUGGCCGCCGGCGCAGGGUCCCCCGCUGGCGCCCCCGGGCGCCAGCGUCACCGUGCACGGCGGGGAGCUCGCGGCAGCCGUGACCUUCAAGCAUCCCAACCGAGAAGUGGCCGACCGGAAGCCGCCCAGCCCCGGCGGCAAGGCCCCAGACGGCCUCGGGAGCUUACACGGACUACCCAUCCCGGCCUCGACCUCCUAGGGCCGCGCCUCCGCGAGCCGAGCCCGAGCCCGAGCCCGGAGGCAGCGGCGGAGAGCGCACCCGAGGAUUCGCCGCCGCCGAGGUGCCCAUCAGCCUGGCCUCGCUCUGCCCCGCGCCCGGAGGCCGCGCGUUCUCCAUUCUCCGGGGUUUUCGGCUUCUCUGAACUUUGGCUUUGGACUGUUACAUCCUCGUCUGACUUUUCGUCCUACGUGGCCUCCCUCGCCUGCCGGCCUCCAGCGCCUUUUCCGACUUCGUCCUGGGCCGAUCGCACCCUGCCUCCGUCCCCCUCGUGCCUGCUCUCCCACGCCUCCUUGCUCUCUCCGUCUUCUAUCUCCUUCCUAUCGACCCUCCUUUCUUCCCUCACCUUCGCCCUCUUUAUGUUCCUCUGUCUCUAGCCUCCUUUCCCCUCUGCGUCUUCCCCGUCUACGUGGUCCCUGUUUCCUGUGUCCGGCCCCAUCGGCCACCUCCUCUCCUGGGCCUUUAGUCACUACUCCGCCUCUCUUCGUUGGCCCUGCUCCCCCCAGCCCUAUCACUUUGCCAAGAGCCCCCCUCCCCCUCGACAGGUGAACAGGACAGAUCCUCUGGUCUUUAGCCCCCACCUCUCAGGGGCCCCCAUGCCUACUCUAAGCGGGGGCUCGAACCUGGGAAUUGGAGAAGCCGCAGCAUUUAUUUCACAUUUUAUCACAAUGAACCCAAGCAAAGCCUCGGUGAACCGUCCCUUCUCCUCCCUCCUCCAAGGACAUUAUCUGGAAGUAUUCUUGUCUGGAUAUCUUCUCAGUGCCUAAGGACUGGGUUUCUCUUUGCUUCCUUUGAGGUGAUGUCACCCCAAAUAAGGUUGAGGGCAGGGGGGCACCUGCGGCCACUUGUGUUUUCUGUGGUUAGAAAACCAUUCCUACCCUGGAAGUGUCCCCUCCUACUCCUCCACACCCAACAGGAGGGAGUCCAGCAUAUGGUAGACAUGUCUGCACUGUUUUUGUUUUUUUCUGUAUUCAGGAGUCAGCCCAUUUGUUAAUUUAAACCACAAACUGCUUCUGGGUACAAAGGUGCAAUCUGACUUCUGGUUUGCAAAGGGAUGGGGUUGGAAAAACCCAGAAAGUGUCUUCUAGAGCAGAACACAAGCUCUGUUCACUGCUUCCAAGUUCAGGCACUCUGGCGGUAGGACCCUGGACACAAAAUUGCAAUCUUUGUGGUCAGAAAAAUGUCACUGGUGAGAGUCUGACAUCACCUGUUAACCAUGGCUACCUUUAAAUAAAGGAAGGCAUCUAAAAGUCUGCUUUGUAAGGGCAAGCCAGUCUGUGUCCAGCCUGGAGUAUUGUGUAGGUAUGUCUCACUGACUUAGCCUCUGGGUUACCAGCAUCAACACUAUUAAGAGGGAAUUGUUUUUACUGGUUUAUUCCUUAGCGCUUGCCACCCAGAUUGAGGUAGAAGAGAAAGGAAGGGGAGACGACCAUUUUCAGGGAUGGUCCCUGAAAACUCAAGGUAGCAAGGCAGAAUGCAGGAACCAUCCUAAAAUGAAGUUAAUUCUUAGAGGGAAAAAAA